AUGGCGCUUACUUUCGCCCUCAUGUUCUCUGCUCCCCUGCUUCGUUACGGCUGGACUCUUCUCGGCAACGUUUGGACCGAAACAAAGGAGUUGAUCAAUUUGACCGUUGGCAUCCUGUCUCCUGGCGUCCUACUCUCCUCGGCCGUCUUUUAUAUUCGCACGCGCAAAGAACGACCGCAGCUUCCACGCAAGCACAUUUCUACUACGACGAUCGUUGGAGUGCUUGCUUCAUUCGUGAUCGGAACUGCCUCUCUCGCCGCCCAGAUCUCCGACACUCAAUGGUGGCGUCCUGUGCCGUUGUUUUGGUCAUCCGUACCACCCCUGGUCGCUCAGCAUACUGCAUUCAUCGUUCUGGCGAUAGCUGCCACAGACGACAACAGUCGCAUAUACUGGCACACGUUUGUCUUGGGCCUCUUCACGCUUCCUCUCUGGGCUUACCUGUCAUUUGAGACUUAUCGCCUGGUUCUUGAUAGCGACAGCGGCUCUGCCUGGUACGCGGCCGCGGCUGGGGGUUUGGCCCUAUCCACCUUUAGCAGCUUCAUGGUCAACGUGUAUUCGACUUCGUAUUUUGCCGACGAUCGCAGGCAUACGACUGACUCUGUCAAGCCCAAAGCCUUGAUGUGA